CUUGCUGCCGCCGCCAAAUUGCCAAUCCAAACCACCCUUCGGUUCCAAUUUCUUCAGCUGUCAAGUAACCACUUCGCCUUCUCCAACAGCCAAACAUGUUUCUGAACAAUCCGACUAAUAUCCCACACCCACUUCUCUCUCCCCCCUAAAACCCUAGUCUCCCCUCCUUAUCCCCCACUCCAACACCUCUAAUUUUGUCCCACCCAAUAACAAACACAAGAAAAAUCCCAAACAAGAAAAUUAUAAAAAAUCCUGUAUAAUAAUUUCCAAAUUUCCCCAAUUUCAAAGCUUUGACAAUAAAUUUUAUUCAUUUCUUGGCCGUUUGAUUCUCAAUUAGUUCAUUUUUCGUUCUGGGUUUUGUUCAAAUUCUGUUCUUUGAUUGUAAUUUACCGAAAUGGCGCUCGAGUCUUUUAUUCUAGCUCAUAAGUUCAUUUCCGGGUCGAAAUCAUGGAAUUUCUUGUGUUGCAAUGGGCAAACAAGGUUUCCGGUGAAGGUUUUGCCGCAAAAUAACCGGUACCCAUUUCGAUUUGGGCCGAAUUGUAUCGGUGGUGGCGGUUUUAAGAAGUUCUUAGCUCCAAGGUUAGAAGGAGUCGACGUGGUGGUUAAUAAAGCUCGUUUGGAAGCUCUAGGCGAAGAUAGUGGGAGUGUGGGUGGUAUGAAUGCUGUUUCGGGCUCAAAGUUUGAUUUCGUUAAGGAAUUGGUGAAGUGCGGAGUUGUUUUGGCAGCUGUGAUUUGUGGGGUUUUAAUUUAUGGGUGUAGAAGAGCUUUUGCUGUGGAGGGUGUGAUCAAUGCAGGCUAUGGGGUUAUUGGGCAGAGCAUAUUGUUGCUGAGGAAUGCCUGGCCCAAGACAUUGCUGGUUCUUCAGGUUUUCAAGGAGCAGGGUCUGAUUUUGGCCGCGCUUUUGGGUCUCUCGGCGUUUUUUUCAAUGGCGGAGACUUCAAUUACAACGUUGUGGCCCUGGAAGGUGCGUGAGUUGGCUGAGAAAGAGACUGAAAAUGGCGUCUUCAAAUUGCUUCGCAACGAUGUUACUCGGUUCUUGACAACCAUACUUAUUGGCACAACUGUUGUCAAUAUUGGAGCAACUGCUUUAGUUACAGAUGCUGCAACGGCAAUAUUUGGUGAAGCUGGUGUCACCGCAGCAACUGGAGUAAUGACUGUUGCUAUUUUGCUCCUCACUGAAAUAACUCCAAAAAGUGUUGCUGUUCACAAUCCCACAGAGGUUGCUAGGUUUGUGGUUAGGCCAGUGGCGUGGCUUUCUUUGGUAUUAUACCCCGUGGGGAGAAUUGUUACAUAUCUAUCGAUGGGGAUGCUAAAAAUACUCGGAUUAAAAGGAAGAAGUGAACCGUAUGUUACUGAAGAGGAGUUAAAACUGAUGCUGCGGGGGGCAGAGUUGAGUGGGGCAAUAGAGGAGGAAGAACAGGAUAUGAUAGAAAAUGUGUUGGAGAUUAAAGACACACAUGUUCGAGAGGUGAUGACGCCUCUCGUAGAUGUAGUUGCCAUCGAUGCCAGUGCAACGCUAGUUGAUUUUCAUGACUUGUGGGUAACUCAUCAAUAUUCAAGGGUACCUGUUUUUGAACAGCGAGUUGACAAUAUCGUAGGAAUUGCAUAUGCAAUGGAUCUACUGGAUUAUGUUCAGAAGGGUGAGCUACUAGAAAGUACUAGUGUCGGGGAUAUGGCUCAGAAACCUGCUUACUUUGUGCCCGAUUCAAUGUCCGUUUGGAAUCUCCUUAGGGAGUUCCGCAUUCGAAAGGUUCACAUGGCCGUAGUUCUUAACGAAUACGGUGGAACUGUAGGGAUAGUAACCCUGGAAGAUGUGGUUGAGGAAAUUGUUGGGGAAAUAUUUGACGAAAAUGAUUCAAAAGAGGAGAUUCAGAAAAAAACUGGCUACAUUGUGAUGCGUGCAAAGGGGAUAUACGAUGUGGAUGCAAACACGUCUAUUGAUCAACUCUCUGAAGAUCUAAAUGUCAAGAUGCCAGAGGGUCAUCAAUAUGAGACUGUAUCAGGUUUUAUAUGUGAGGCAUUUGGAUAUAUCCCAAGGACGGGUGAGAGCAUUAAAAUUGUUCUUGAGAAUGAAAAUGACGAGGAGAUUGACGAGACCAAGUCUGACAAUCAGGAUAAAAAUGAAAAGCACCAAAUUUUUAAAAUUGAGAUACUAGCAGGAAAUGCCAGAAAGGUUGGUGCUGUUCGAUUUGAAAGGAUAGAGAACGAUGCUGCUACAUUGGAGACCGACGAGGUGACCCGCUUGGUUCCCAAAAUCAUGAAAAGAAAGUGGAGUGGUGAUCAGGACUCAGACGGUACAGACUAUGACGAGGAUUCAUUUCAGAAGAGACCACAGAAUACCAUAUCUGAUGAACAUGAAGACGCUGUUGAUAAUGUCAGUAGACAUUAGUUGCAUUUCUUGCGAUUUGCUUUUUGACGGAAUCAUACAAGAGGUAAAGAUUGAGAACAAAAUAACAAGAAUCAGGAAGGAACACUGUAAAAAGAUUCAAAGUUUUGAGUAUCAAUAUCUGGCAUUUAAGGACCAAAAUUUUCCCAACCGGGACUCAUUUGAUCUCCAGAAAAGUGUGAGAUGUACACAGAGCCAUCUUUGUGGGAGAUAACCUAGGUUGAUGGAAGGAUCAAUUUAGAAAACAAAACCAAACUAGCUGAUUUGUAUCGUCACUGGAUUGACCUUCUGGUUUUGUUAUUAGCGUUGAACUCCCCCUACUGUCGAAAAUAAUAGAUGAAACAACUGGUGGUGGUCGCUUCAGUGCCUCCCGCCAUGUCGAUGAAGACCUGUAACUUGCCAAUAAAGAUGGGGAGUGCUCUUUGGAAAAGACAGGUUUUGCAUAUUCUUGCCAUGUUACGAAAUGAUUAAAUUAUUAAUUUUCGGUUGUUGAA